AGCGCCGUGUUACGUUUCACCUCCCUGAUGGCUCCCAGGAAAGCUGCAGUGACAGUGGUCUAGGAGACCACGAGCCGGUGGGUAGUGGAACCCUGAUCUCACACCCUCUUCCUCUGGUUCAGCCACAGGACGAAUUCUAUGACCAGGCCUCUCCGGACAAGAGGACCGAAGCAGAUGGCAACUCUGACCCCAACUCUGAUGGGCCUCUGGGUCCCCGAGGAUUAGCUGAAGCUACAGAGAUGUGCACCCAAGAGUGCUUGGUUUUGGGUCACUCAGAUAAUUGCUGGAUGCCUCCUGGCUUGGGUCCCUAUCAACACCCAAAAUCUCCUCUCUCAACCUUUGCAUCCCAGAAAGAAUGGGUCAAGAAGGACAAGCUUGUGAAUGGGCACACCCUGACCAGAGCCUGGAAAGAAGACAGCAACAGGAACCAGUUCAAUGACCGUAAGCAGUAUGGCUCCAACGAAGGCCAUUUCAACAAUGGCAGCCACAUGACAGACAUUCCUCUGGCGAAUCUAAAGUCUUAUAAGCAAGCAGGAGGUGCUAUUGAGAGUCCUAAGGAGCACCAACUCUAAGAAAAGGCUAUAUGGGACCUAAUAACUUUAAUCUAAAUAGACAUGCUAAUAUGUGUGUGUCAGAGCUUUAUGUAUUCAAUAGAUCUCUACAACUAUGCCCCUUCUAGCAGGGAUACCCAUAAUUUUGUGUUAGCACUAUGGAGGAUAUAAUGUUUUGCAACAUAAGAGAGAAAGUAGUUCUACUAGCCAUGUGAUCUUGUUUACUAGAAUUGAUUAAACUUUCCAGAGAUCUCUCCGUUGUGCAAAUUUUUUUUUAUUAUUGCAUUUUAUUUUGACCCUGGACUGCUGCUAUGAACAAUAGAAUAUGCAUUUGGAGAGUAAGGAAGUUAUAUGGAUUAGAGUGACUGACAAACAUAUCCAGUUAGAAAAUUGUGCUCUUUUUGUCAUUGAUUUGUGCUGGGACCGCUAUACUUGACAUUAUACUUCAAACAAAACUUAAAAAGAUAAGCAUUAAACCUAUUGUGCUGUUAACAACGUUAGUGGACACUUGUAAGUCAAUCAGUGUUAAAGUAUUUGUAAAUAGAAGCAAGUUAUUAUUAACAAUUUUUGUGUACUUAUAACGUUCACCUAAAAAUGUUGUAGCAUAAUUCUGUGUUUUAUGGUUGCUUCUUUCCUUUUUUUUUUUAAUUUACCUCUUUGUUGUUAUUUCUUUUAGUGAGGUGUUUCUGCGUUUGUAGUCUGUCUUGACACACAUUGUUCAAAGGAUCUCAAACACUUGUGUUUAAAAAAAGGUUCUGAAAUCUUUUCGUAUGAUAGCUUAUGAUGCUGGAAUUCUGUAAAAAUAAAGAUGAAAGAAAAAAUGAAAACCUUGUACCAAAAGGGAACUCUGCAAAAGCUUGGAAAUUCAGAACCUAUUUUUUGAUAUUCUUAUUUUCAAAGUAGGCAAAAGCAAAGUCACUUAAUUAGUACCAUUAAGUGAAAGAGUAAUGGGAAAGUGUUAUCUGUUAAAGUGAUAUAAUAUUACGUACUUGUCACUUAUGCAAAACUAAUGUCUCAAAAUUAGCAUAUAUGAAAGAAAAAUCACUAUUCAAAAAUAGUUUAAAUUUGGCAAAUGUGUGUCUACAAUUUUGUUGAAAUGGCAGAGUUCGUGUUGAUUCUCAUAUACAAUACUGUUGUUGUAACACAAGUGUUAUUAGACCAUAGCCACAAAAUAUUUAAUGUGUUGUGCCUUCAUGCUGUAACAGAACAUUCUCCAGGUAGGGUAGUUGGGGGAAAUAAAGGGAUAAAUCUCUACUUAUUGCUGUUUAACUGUUUGUUAUCAUAGUUGGUCAAUGCCUGGCAGGUACCAGCAUAUUGUCACUUAGGUCAAACCAACAGAGUGACAACUAAUGUUAAUAAGAUCUCAGUUGCACGUGCAAACAAAUCCAAAUUCGAACAUUCUUAGGAGGUUUAUGUUAAGGCAUGACAGAUGAUUUAAACAAAUAAAUAGCAUGCAACACAAUGUCUUUAUUGAAAGAAGUG